AUGGCACGUGAUGUUUUCGCGCACCGCUUGCCAACCGGAGACAGCCAGCCCGUGACCGACCUGAUCCGCGUAACCGCGCUCUCGCUUGCGCUGACCCUUUCCGCCGGCCCGGCGAUGGCCGAUCCAGACCCGGCCGACUGGAAUGCGGUGCUCGAAGAAGCGCGCGGCCAGACCGUUUACUGGAACGCCUGGGGCGGCUCCACCCAGAUCAACGCCUAUAUCGGCUGGGUCGGCGAGGAACUGGAAGAGCGCCACGGCGUCCGGCUGGUGCAUGUCAAGCUCGAGGACACGGCCAACGCGGUCACCACGGUCGUCGCGGAAAAGACCGCCGGCCGCGAUGAAGGCGGCUCGAUCGACCUCAUCUGGAUCAACGGCGAGAACUUUGCCUCGAUGAAACGGCAGGGCCUGCUGUUCGCGCCCGACUGGGCGACGAAGCUGCCCAAUUGGCGUUAUGUGGAUGUGGAGAACAAACCGACCAUCACGGUCGACUUCACCCUGCCAACCGACGGACUUGAAUCGCCCUGGGGCAUGGCCAAGCUGGUCUUCUUCUAUGACAGCGCCCGCACGGACGCCGCAGACCUGCCCGACAAUGCCGCCGACCUUUUGGUGUGGGCCAAGGCCAAUCCCGGCCGUUUUUCCUAUCCCCAGCCGCCCGACUUCAUCGGCUCGAGCUUUCUCAAGCAGAUCCUGAUCGAGACGGUCGCCGACCCGGCGGUGCUGCAAAAGCCCGUCGACGAAGCCAGCUUCGAGACGGUCACGCAGCCCAUGUUCGACUAUCUCGACCGGCUGCACCCGCAUCUGUGGCGCAGCGCACGGGCCUUUCCCAAGGAUUAUCCGUCGAUGAGCCAGCUUCUGGCCGAUGGCGAACUCGACAUCACCUUCGCUUUCAAUCCGGCCGAAGCGUCGAGUGCCAUCGCCAACCAGCUCCUGCCCGACACGGUGCGUUCGUUCACCUUCUCGGGCGGCACGCUCGCCAACACCCAUUUCGUCGCCAUUCCCUUCAAUGCCAACGCCAAGGCCGGCGCUCUGGUGGUCGCCAACUUCCUGAUCUCGCCGGAAGCACAGGCCCGCAAGCAGGAUCCGGAAGUCUGGGGCGAUCCCACCGUUCUGGCCAUGGACAAGCUGUCGGCCCCGCAACGCAAACUGUUCGAGGCACUCGAUCUGGGCAUCGCCACGCUGCUUCCGGAUGAGCUCGGUCCGGCUCUUGACGAGCCGCACCCGACAUGGAUGUCGCGUCUGGAAGAGCGCUGGUCGGCCCGCUACGCCGUCGGCAACUGA